AUGGAAUUGCUUUUUGGACGAAAAAAAACGCCGGCAGAAAUGCUCCGGCAACAUCAACGCGCUUUACAGAAAGCACAGCGUGAGCUGGACCGUGAACGUGUUAAACUUGAACAACAAGAGAAGAAACUUAUUAUAGAUAUAAAAAAAGCAGCCAAAGCAAAUCAGAUGAAUGCAUGCAGAAUUAUGGCCAAAGACUUGGUUCGAACGCGUCGUUAUUCAUCCAAAUUCCAAGCAAUGAAGACACAACUUCAGGCAGUUUCUUUGCGUAUUCAAACUCUGAGGUCAAAUCAGCAAAUGGCUGAGGCGAUGAAAGGAGCAACUAAGGCUAUGAAAUCGAUGAAUCGUCAAAUGAAUUUACCCGCAAUCCAGAAAAUUAUGAUGGAGUUCGAGAAAGAAUCAGAACUGAUGGAUAUGAAAGAGGAUAUGAUGAAUGAUCUUGUUGAUGCACCCAGUAAUAUUGAGAGAGUUUCAGCGAAUGAAAGAAUCGCCCAACCGGCUGAUAUGGAGCCUAAUAAUGAUGCGGCCUUGCAGGCGAGGCUUGAUAACUUGCGAAGAGAAUAA